CAGUGUGAAUUUGCUUUCAAGAUACUGUACUAUUUCGUUCUCGUGGUCGUUUGUUACUUUUCUAGUGCAUGGUGCCUCAAUUUCAACGUGCUGGUAGGCUGAAUCACCUGCUUGACUCUGGAUGGCGCUUCCACGGCCGUCCUGUGGCCGGACAAUUUGCUUGAGAACCUUAGUUUGAAAUUGGAUUAUGUGACACCAAAGCCGAAUCGCCCUUCUUGUGUAGGCAUCCACUUGACGAAAGAGGAGAGGUAUGGAAGGAAUCUUAGUGAAUGGAGGUGAUACAACCCUAUCCUCUUGCAUGUUGUCUGAGCUGAAUGUGGAGAGUGAUGGGAGCUUAUCAAGCCGUCGACAGCCGAUUGCGGACUUGGAGAAAAUGGUCACGCACAUUAAAAACCUCCGUCCAUCUUCUCCUCUUCCGCGAAAGCUGACUGAUGUUCGUGCUUUGUCACGGCUGUUCGAUGUGCUGCAGCAGAGUAGUGUCGCUAAUGGCAACAGUCAUGCAGCCCAUGCGGAGGGUGUACUGAUUUCUGCAGAACUGGAGGAACUCUUGCACUUGGCAGUACUGCUGAAUGACGUGGACACGCGCUUUCUUGUGCUGACGCCACACCUGUACCAGUCGAUAAGUCGGCUACUUGCGCACUACUCAUCUGCCGUGCAACUGACCGACUUGCCGUUCCAAGCAUGCAUCCUGGCCAUGAUGCCCGCCAUCAUUCACUCAUCUCACCUGGUGCUGGGCAAGCAGGGAGCCAGUGAGUUCCUACAAGCCCAAUCACUGCAACAGUAUCAUCUCUUUGCUCUGCAGCAGUUUGGCAGCUCGCCUAUAGUCUUAGAACAUGUGCACUGGCUGCCGUACUUCCUCCUGGUGUUGCGCGACAAUGAAUUGCCCGCGGGCAACCAGUCGUCGACAUCAGCAGCAGCAGCAGCAGCGGCAGCACAGGGUGACCCUAUCAUCCACAGUGACUUUGGGACUGUUCUUCUACUAUGCCAGCGCGUCGAUGAUGGCCUGGCACCGCCGGGUAGCAGCAGGGUGUCGCGCCUGUUUCUGGACAACAUGGCACGCCUGCUCGUCAACUGGCUCGGUGCCUUUCGCUCUCAGCUCGAUGUUGUCGUGGCCGUGUUGCAGACGCUCCGCCGGGUCAUUGUACGCGGCGGCUGUCCGCCUGUUGAUGUACUCGAGCAGCUUGUUGAACCGUUGCAUGCUCUACUAGUGCUGGAUAAGCAGAACACUGACAUCAUCAGCUGCGUGUUGCGGUUAUUCUUGGCCAUUGAUGUGGAGCAGGUGCCAGAGAUGGGCCGCUCAGUCUCUGCUGAUCUAUUGCAGGAGCUUGGUGCUAUCGAGCAGUUGCAUGCCGAUGACACGCAGCUGUGCUACGAUUCUCUGCGUGUACUGCUACGCUUGUGCUCACUGCCCCAGUGUGCCGUCAUGCUGGCCCGAAACGUGCCGCUGAUGACCACCACGCUGCGUCGCAUCCCCAUGCACUCCAGCGCCGUGGAGAUGAUGACGGACAGCGCUCGCAUGCUGCGACUGCUGUGUGUGCUGUGCAGUGGCGAUGUUACGUCCGAGUCGCUAUGCAUGGAGACUGCAAGCGCCGUCUUGCUCAACAACAGCAGUGUGGAUAGUGUGUUGCAGCCACUAGCCUCUGCCAUGGCCAUGCUCACCAUGGACAGACCUAGCUUUGUGCUCAUCAAUCGCAUGGCCAACAUGACAUUUGACACCAUUCGCCAAGAGCUCUUCACCGCUGAUGCCAGUAGUAGCAACAGCAGCAGCAGCAGGAUGCCUGCGGAGCCCAGAGACCCUGCCGAAAACGUUCCGCUGCUGUUGCAGUAUCGCAUGGUGGAAGUUCUUAUCAGUGGGUAUCUGGAGUCUACGAAACCCAAGUCUCUCGCCAUUGAUGUGCUGCAAGUGCUGUAUAGCGUGGCCCUGCAUCCGUCUGUGGACAAGGAGCAGCUAGUGCGCAGUUCACUGAAAACGCUGGUGUGCUCACUAUUCCGGACAUUGUCCAGCACCGGACAGGAUUCGUCCAGUUUGGCGCAGCACCAGCAGUACGCUAUCUCCAGCAUGCUAGCCAACCUUCUCUGCGACUCCUCCUUGCUGUCCGUGGCGUACCAGUGCGGCUGGAUGAAGGCUCUGAUGGAUGUUGCCGACUUUGACGGCGACUCCACAGUCCUGUCGUGCUCGCCGUCGGCAGUGGAGAUCUGCGUAGAUAACGUGGUGCGAAUGGCCAGCGUGAAGGAUGCACAGCAGAAACGCGACAUGCUAAACGACGGCGUACAUCUGUUCUUUAUCCGGCACCUGCGCCGGCGGCCAGAGCACGCCAGCGUCGUGCAUCGCAUCUGCUCAGCGCUAUGCGUCCUGAUGAGCAGCACGGCGGUGAAGAGUAUGCUGAUCGACGCGGGCAUAGCACACGGCCUGGCCAACGUCAUGCGCCAUCACCUGGCCGACCAGAACAUCACGCGGGUCAUGCUGCUCUGUGUCGCCGGACUGUCGCUAACGGAUCGCACGCAUCGGCAAGUCUUGAUCGCCACGCGGCUGCACGAGGCCGCUCACUUUGCCCUGCAGUGCGGCCGCUUCUCGUCUCUCCUGCACACACUGGCUAUUGUGGUCAUGCUACGCCUGGUGAUGGAUGAAGGGGACAUCAACGACGUGGUGCACUUGGAGAGCUUGCAAGACUCCGUUUUGAAAGCGGUGCAAGACCGCUCGCCCAAACGUGCAGACAGCUGUGGAACUGACCUCUUUCAAUGUGGCCAGAGCUUACUUUCCAACAUCUUCUGCUCCUCGGUGUGGCAGCGUGUACGCAUGUUGGACUCGUUUCGCGAGCGAGGUCACACCAGCCUUCAGUCCAAGGUCUAUCAGGAGGCAGUGCUGAAGUACACUGGUUUGGGACCCGGCACCAGUCUCAUGGCGUACCCGCGUCCACAGCACCCACUCGUCAGCACGCGCAUGUCAGGCAUGGCCCUGCACAUGUGCCCGAACUGUCGCAACGGCCUCGCCUCAGAGGCCAUUCUGACGUUCCCAAGCCUGUCGGCACCUGAAUACGAGAAACUGACCGAGCGUGGCUGGUUUCGUCGCGGUGGUGUCCAGCUCUUCCAGUACCGUAGUAAUCAUGCCCCCGAGUGCAACACCAGCGAGAUUCGCGUGCGUGUCAAGGAGUUUGACCCCAACUCCUCGCGGUCAUUUGCACGCGUGCGGCGUAAGGCAGCGCAGGCGGGCGUACGCGUCAAGGUGGUCAAGCCCGAGUACCAGCAGGAGUCCUACGCACUCUAUCUGCGCUACCAGGUCGAGCGGCACGAGUCCGAGUUCUGCUGCGAGCAGACCUAUAGCUCGCAUUUGCUGCAGUCGCCGCUGGCACACGAGAUGUCUGCGGACGGCCUGUACGAGUAUGGUACUUUCCACUAUCAGUACUGGGUGGGUGAGCACCUGGCCGGUGUCAGCGUGGUGGACGUGUUGCCCCACUCUAUCGGCAGUAUCUACAUGUUCUUUGAUAUCGACAAGCAGUACUCCCGUCUCUCGCUGGGCGUCUUCAGCUGUUUGACGGAGCUGGAGUUUGCACAGCAGCUCAACAAGAAGGGAGCUGACAUUCGCUACUAUUACCUGGGCAACUACUGCCCGACAAACCGCAAGCUGGCCUACAAGACUGACUAUCAGCCGACCGAAGUUCUCUGUCCGCACAUCAGUAUGGAGUGGAGCUCGCACACGAAGGACUCGGGCAGCUAUUUGUUCUCGGAUGACUUGCCACACAACCCUCUCCAUGAGGUGAUGCUGCGCGAGGCUAUUGAAGAAGGAAGGGCCAAGUGGCAGUGGCAGUCUACAGCCACUGCUGACGAUGCUGAUGCUGGUACUGGCGAAGCAAGAAGACGUAUCUACAGUCUACCUGCCAAUAAGGAGCGUAUUGUCAAGAACCUAUCAUCGCCAUACUUGCGCCUUGUGGCUGGCUACCCGGAUCGGGAGCGCUGUAAUUCUGCCAUCAAUCGCUUGCGUGUGUCGGUCGACAAAAAAGAAAUGAGCUUUGUUGACAUGCUGCAGGCAUACUGUGUCCACCCCUACUGUGUUGGCCGUCUGUGCUGGACCAUGGAUGAGCUGUAUCGGGCGUUUGGUGCUGACACGUUUGAGCGCCUAAUCAUCCACUUCCAGUAUGUUUCCAGUACGCUUUGGGUCGAGCCGUGCUCGCAGUCAUUCAUCUAGAUGUGCAUCGGCGCAUCUCUCUCUCUCUCUCUCUCUCUCUCUCUCUCUCUCUCUCUCUCUCUCUCUCUCUCUCUCUCUCUCUCUCUCUCUCUCUCUCUCUCUCUCUUUCGUCCCAUGCAUGUGUGCGGAAGCUUUGGCACAACUGCAGCACACACUGUCUGUCCACCAUAGCCAAGCACACAAGACAUUGUGUUGUUGGGAUGGUCUGGAAGAGUGGUAAAUAUGUAUUAUACACACAUCCCCUCUGUUUCCAAACCCUGGCACUUGUGCUGAAAGUAUAACGUGCGAAUAGCCUGCAACGGUGCUUGCUGCAUUCAUCACCAUGUCCUCCAGAUUGGGUUCGUCCUUGAUUGUGCUGAUGCUUCGGAUUAGUCACCCCAACAGCUUGUAGAUUUCUGUAUUCAAACUGUUUCUGCUGCUGCUGCUGUUGCUGUUCCGUCCAGUAGAAGUUUCUGUUUGUGGAUGGGUGUGUAUGCUGUUUUAACACAUCUUGUGUCAUGCCCCCGUUGCCGCCCUUGUAUUUAAUAAUACCACUUUGGUCUCCCAGCCCCUACCCCCACCCCUUGCCCGUGCGGCCUUUACUCUGUACAUACCGUCAUUUUAUUUUAACACGACCUCCCAUGCCUGGAUAUUUGUGAAAACUCUCAACAUACACAAAGUUAUUUUCCAUGCAACGAGCUGCUGCUCUUGCAUCUAGCGUCUUCGUCUUUUUCCCAUUUCCGCUUUGCCUGUUCGUUUUGUUUCUUUUGAGCUAUCAGUUGACUAUAGGGUGCUACUGCUGCUGCUGCUACUGUUCCUUCACGGCCCACCUAUUCUAUUUUCAGUUUACUCUUGUUUUAACAAUUGUCUAUGCAUUAUUUGUUUUGGAUUUAGUACUAUUUAUGUUGGUGCACUUUUCGUGCAGUGCAAUAGGAGCGGAUGUGCCGGUA